AUGAAGCUUUCAGUUGCCGUUACCUUCUUGUGCAUUGCUGCUACCUCAGCAUUUGCCCCAUCCCCUGCCAACAGAGCUGACACUCAACUUUUCAACGAUGCAAACCAAAAUGUUUUCGGAACCAAGUCUCUUGAGUGGGGAGGAAAUGAUAGUGAUCCAAGUGCCAAGACUGUUCGUCUGCGUGAUCGUUUGAACGAGGCUGAUACCGAACGUAGAAAGGCCGAGGAAGAAGCUGAUCGUCGCGAACGUGCUGCUGAAAUCGCCAGAGAAGAGCGUCUUGCCAAGAUCAAGUACAUGCAAGAUAUGCCUGAUUCUACCCCCGCCGGAACUGUUGAUGAAUUCAUGUUCAAGGAGGGUGUUCAAGAUCAACUUGACAAGCUCGACAAGGAGCUCGUUGGACUUGUCCCUGUCAAGCAACGUGUUAAGGAAAUUGCUGCUCUUCUUGUUCUUGAUAAGAUGCGCCGCAAGCUCGGUUUCGAGACCGCUGUUCCUUCCCUUCACAUGUGCUUCACUGGAGCUCCAGGAACUGGUAAGACCACUGUUGCCGUUAGAAUGGGACAAAUUCUAGCAAAGAUGGGAUACUCUCGCCGUGGACACGUUGUCCUUGCCACUCGUGAUGAUCUUGUUGGUCAAUACGUUGGACACACUGCCCCUAAGACAAAGGAAAUGAUCAAGAAGGCUAUGGGUGGUGUGUUGUUGGUCGAUGAGGCUUACUACUUGUACAAUGCUGCCAACGAUCGUGAUUACGGACAAGAAUCCAUUGAAAUUCUUCUUAACGUUAUGGAGACACAACAAGAUGAUCUUGUUGUUGCUCUUGCCGGAUACAAGGACCGCAUGGACACCUUCUUCUCCUACAUUCCCGGUAUGAUGUCUCGUAUUGGUAACCACGUCAAUUUCCCUAACUACAGUGCCGAUGAGCUUGUCGCUAUUGCUGCAGUUAUGGCUGAUCAAUUGGAAUACGACAUUGACCAAGCUGCCUACCCAGUCUUCAAGUCUUACAUCGAAAAGCGAAUGGAGUUGCCUUUCUUCUCCAAUGCCCGUACCGUCCGUAACGCCAUGGAUCGCGCCCGUAUGAACUCCGCCAUCAGAACUUUCGAACGCUUCGCAAUCAAUGGAGAGAACGGAGGAUGCUGCACAGUUGAGGACUUGAAGGCCAUCACUGCUUCUGACUUCCAAGUCUUGCUCGAUGACAUUCUCAAUGCCGAUUUGGACAAUCGCAUCUUUGCAUAA